UAUAAAUAGGUCGGUCGCGCGGCAGCUGGCAGUGACCGCGAUGGGCCUUUGGUGUGCAGUGACGUUGGUGGCGGUUGUCGCCACCGCUGGCGCAUCCCUACAUGACAACCGCCUUGAUGAUAGGGUAGUGAUGGUGCUACCGGUGUUGGCGCCUCCUAAAGACUCUCCGACUCGCGCCACUGACAGAUCCAGGCAGUUCCCUAUACUAAUACUGUUGUCGCAGAGGAAUACUUCCCAAAAGUUAAGAGAGCCAGAGGCUAAGUCACUAAAUUACAAUCAACAACCUAUAUAUGUUAAGAAACUAGAAGACCAAGAUCACCCUGGACGGUUAAAUAGGCAAAAGCGUACCCUGGGAAAACUUCUACUUGGCCACGGCGGUGGGUUGUCCUUUGGUGGAGGACAUAGCUGGGGUGGAGGAGGUGGUUACGGAGGGGGCUAUGGUGGGGGCUACGGUGGCGGACGCGGCUUCGAUGGAGGCUAUGGUCACGGAUACCAGGAGCCACAAAAGACCGUUAUCGUUAAAGUCAUAAAGGAGCAUACUCAUAGCCACGGAGGCCAUGGUGGUUACGGUGGGAACUAUGGUGGAGAUGGUGGAUAUGGAAAUAAUGGCGGCGGAUAUGGAGGUGGUGGCGGAUAUGGCGGCGGCGGCGGCGGUGGUGGCGGAGGCGGCGGCGGCGGUGGUUAUGGUGGUGGCAAUUGGGGCGGCGGCGGCGGCGGCGGCGGCGGUGGUGGAUACGGAGGAGGUGGAGGUGGCGGUGGAGGUUAUAGUGAUGGUGGCUCCGGUGGCUUUAAUCACGGCGGAGGUUACGGCAAAAAUGGAUACAACCAUGGCGGCUCAACCGGCUGUGGUGGCGGCUGUGGGGGUAAUGCACAUUCUUCAGCCACAGCUACAGCAACAGCUACUGCCACAGUGAAUGGGUAUGGCAAACGAAAAUGAGUAUUGGAGCAACGAUAAUACGGAUGUGAAAUAUAGAAAUUGGAUUUAUUUACCAACUUGAAAUAACUAUGGUAUGGACGCAUAUGGCUCUAGUCCAUACCGUUCUUCAGUAUGGAAUAUAUGUGUUACCAUCUAUUCGUUACCAAUAACUUUUUGAGUAUUUAAUGGUCCAUGUACAUGUUGUUGUACAUGUACAAAUGUACAAAAUGUUUUAUGAUCACGUAUUUGAAAUCCUUUAAGAAGCUUCGCUCAAUUUAGUGUAAUUAGUAAUAAAAAGUAUAAUUAAAGAUAUAUAUAAUU